GUGGGUAGACGAUUUCCGGGAGUGGCUAGCCGAGGACCCCCAAGGUACGCAUGUGGAUCGGUGUCCGGCCAGUUCUCGUAGAAAUAUUAGGGUAUAUUCCAUAUUAACUGUGUAAAACGUUUUUAAUCUAAUCGAAGCUAUGUCCGAGCUCGACGACUUUUUCGCUAAAAAAGACCGGAAAAAACGACCGGGUAAAAAGUUUACGACUACAGAAGAAUUGGCCAAAAAACUUGAGGAAACUGGCAAGAAGGUAGAAAAGCCAAAACCAAAAGAAAAAGUGACAAACCAAGAGGGCGAGGAGGUACAACCGGUUGAGGAAGAGGAUGAGUGGAAGGAUUUUGAGGAGGAAAAGAAGGAUUACACGGGACUGAAGAUUGGCAACUUGACGGUGAAUGAGGCACAAGAGGUAGAGACCGAUGACGAACGAGGCGAAGGGGAAACCAACUCAGACGGAGAAUCUGGAGAGCCAGGUACGAGGCAUAGUGGUCCUUGGAAACGGCCCGAACAGCCACUACCGCAGCCUGAACCAGAACCUGUACCCGUUGCUCCACAGCAGCCUGCUACAGGAGGAAGUAGUUACAAAGCUCCUCACCUGAGAAAUGCACAAACUGCGUCAGCUAGCCCUAGGCAAAAAAUGAAAAACACUGCCCCUGAUAUUAGCAGUGAAGAAUAUUUUCCAACUCUGAGCGCUGCUCAGCAACAGAACAGCAACGAACCCACUGGUCCUUGGGGCAGACGGCGGCGAGAUGAGGGAUCAUUCGAAGAGGUUCGUAAUCGUGGUGGAAGCAGAGCGUAUAGCGUACAGGAGACGCAGGCGCAAGCGCCUAAACUGUCAUUGGGCAACAAAUAUGGUGCCCUAUCUCAGGAUCAGAGCUGAAAGCGCCGUAUUUGGUUCGAUCAAACAAAAAACAAUCAAUAUGUCAUUGCUUCGCUCUGUUUUGGGGUCCAGCUCCACUCUUAAAUUAGAAAUACCGAUAUACUUUGGCUUCAUUAGCUCGUUUGAAGUAAAAUCUUUCAAUUGAAUGUGCAGAUAUAGUAUCUUUGGAGACUUCAAAUUUGGUUAAUUUUGUAAUGAGCUAUAUACUGGCACUGAUUCCGGCUCUUGUUAUUUUUUUUUUUUAAUCGGAGACAAGGCUUCUGAUGUUGAUAAUUAAAAAUUAAUUUUGUAAACGACCAUGAAGUUUGCUAAUUGUAUCAAAUUUGAAAGGACCCUACAAUCUGCAUGCACAUCAUCAAGCUCUUAACCAGUUUCAAUCAUAAUUUGGUACCUCCUUGAAAUGAGUACCGCUGUAACACCGAUGCUGAAAUACAUUUUAAACGUCAAUAAAGAGUACUCUUGGUAAUGUAUGAAAUUUAGCGACGAGUCAAUGUUUUCAAUCGUCAAAAUCACAGAUCGGGUAAUGAACUAUUCUCCUAUUUGCUUGUUAGGAAAUUAUUUGUCUCCAAACCACUGUCUUUGGAGUUGUAUAAUUACCUGUUAUUAUUCGCCGGGUGCGAUAACCUUAUUAAAAAGUUUAAACGAUGUACGUAAACGAGAGGGAAGUAACCGGUCGACGCGAUGAAGCAAGGUCAGUGAAAAAACUAAUUGCAUGUGAACAAACCAGAGAUAUAAAGUAAACUUAGGGCUGGGCUCAGAACGGUGCAAGCGAAGUGCGUAAUUAUAAAGAUAUAUAAAGUAAGCUACUUUAAAUAUAGAUAAUGAAAAAUCGAUUGAUACACGAUGUUAAAUAUACAAUACAAGAACACAAUGUAUACCUCUGUUGACGCUUGUUUAAUUAUUUUUUUUAGCUUAGAGUUGUUUGUACUCUCUUCUCUUCCAUUUUAUUCUAUAUAAUUAUCGUUGGCGGUUCUGAGGAAGAUAAUUUUGGAUCACAGGACUUUUUUAACGCUAUCCAUUACCGUUUCUAGGUUCUGCGAGCUUUGAAGUAAUGAAAUCUUGUAUAGUAAAUCGUAAUAUGGUUAUUUAUAAUAAAUUAUCUAGGAAUUCCACCUGCAAAAUUUUAAACUGUGCAAGACAUCGAUACCAUGACGAACUGCCAUCGGGGCUUCCAUCAUUUGCCCCGUUAUAAAAAAAGUAGAUAAAUUUUUCAGAUCAGGAGGAUAAUUUGAACAUGCAUAUUCAUACAUACCCAUCUCAUUACCUGCCUACCCAUGUUUUAUUGAAUUGUAUCACAUAAUACCUUUUGGAAAUACUGCACCGGGUCUUAUUGAAUUUUGAAAUAUAAUGGCGAAUACAGAAAUUGGAAACUGUUUGGAACUUCUCUCUGUCAGUCUAAAUCGUAUCACACUGUUAUUCUUGUGAGAUAAACUGUCAGAGAAAUGAAUAAAACCCAUAAUCAACCAUGUA